AUGGUAAGGAGUAGUUAUUGUGCAACAUAUUUUUAGGCUGUUCUGGAAGAUGACGUUGCCACAUCUUCAGAUUCCAGUUGUGAGUUGGAAGAUUUUCAACGGAUUUUAACGGUAAAUUAAUUCUUCAUGGGUUUAAAUUUAGUUUAGGACAAGAAGAAUGAUUGUAAAGCCUUGGGAAUUGAAGAACCUUUAUUUAUUUGUGCACCAAUGGUUAGAUAUUCAAAGUAAGUUUGUGUUUUUGAAGAUAAUUAAUCUGUGAUAUUUGGGUCACAAUUUUAAUAUUUUAGAUUGCAUUUUCGUAAGCUGGUACACUUGUACGGAUGUGAUCUAGCUUACACACCGAUGAUUUACGCCCAUUGUUUCGUGGCUUCGCAGAAAUGUCGUGAAAACGAAUUUACAACAGACGAGAAUGAUUGGCCUAUUGUUCAGUUUGCUGCCAAUAAGCCGGAACACUUUGCUGAAGCUGCAGAGUUAGUUUAUGGGUGAGUUAUUGCAUUGUAUAUUAUUAUUUGUUUAGGAAUGUAAAGGGGAUUGAUCUGAACUGUGGUUGUCCGAAAUCAGAUGUAAGAAGUGAAGGAUUUGGGUCGAAAAUGCUUGAAGAUCCUGAAUUAAUAGCAGAUAUUGUUAAACAAACUAGAAGCAGAAUAAACGAUUCUGAUUUUAGUAUAUCUGUUAAGAUUAGGAUAAAAUACCCGAUAGAACAGACCGUGGAUAUGUGCAGAAAGGGAAGUUGUGGUGUUACAAUCUUUAUGUUAUUUAUAUUUUUGUCCUUUGGGCUUGUAAAUAUGUUAUAUCAAAGUUGAAUAUCUUUGCUUUUGGCUAGUUUUUUAAUUAAGCGUUUUAGUUUGAAGCCGCAGGAGUAUCUCAUAUAGGAGUACAUGGCCGUACUGUAUCGCAGAGAGCCGAACCUCCAGAUUAUGAAGCUAUCGGCCUUGUGAAAUCGGCGGUUAAGGUACCUGUUUAUGCUAAUGGAGGGUGCACGAGUUAUCGUCAAGCUUUGGAAAUUGCUUCUGUGACAAAGUGUGAUGGUAGGUUUAUUAAAAUGAUGGGUAUAAAAUUUUAGUUUAAUAUGUGUUAUUGUUUUUUAGUUUUAUGUAAAGAUAAAGACGUUUAACGUGAUGUUUUAGGAGUAAUGGUAGGUGAAGGACUGUUAUCAAAUCCAGCGUUGUUUUGCGGGCAUCAGAAGACUCCAUUUGAAUGUAUACGAGAUUGGGUACGUUUUUGAGAGUAAAUGUUUGUAACACAGUUACUGUAUUAACAAACGUGCUUUUUUAAAGUUCAUAUUUUCUACAACAUUAAAGUUAUGUUUUCAGUUUUCAAUAGCGACAGAUCUGGACGUUCAUUAUACAUUAGUCCAUCGACAUACGGCUUUCAUGACACAUUCAUUGUUUAACAAAACUCAGAGAAUGGAUCUACAGAAGCAGACUACUAUAUCUGAUACGAUUAAUUUUGUUAACGAACAGCUGCCACUGUUUGAUUGUUGA